GGCCUUCACCUUUAGAUACGUCAAGGCAAGCCAAACUUCCCCACCGAUUACCAAUUUCCUUUGUGUAUUAUGAAGUAUCGAGACACCGCUGUGGAGGAUCGUACCUCAUGAAGUAAAGUACACAUAGCAGAUUUUCUGCCAUGAGGUCAACUCAAGAUGCCAUCCCUUCAUUACAUAACGCACGCAGUGACCCUCGCCGUUAUUGCCACACUAGUGAGGAAGUACCUACAGCUGAAGUUUGCUUAUGAAGAUCUGGAAAUAUAUUGCAAGCCUCACCAUGAAGACGAAACGGAAUUCCAGGACAAGGAACCGGAUCCCAUCCACCAUGGUUACCUGAAUAAAGAAGACAAACACAACCCUGUCCAUGCUACCGUGACAAAUAUACAUGACAACGGUACAAGACUAUGGUGUUCAGGCCAUGACAAAUCGUCAAGAAUUUGUAAAUUUGAAAAUUUGUGUUAUCAUCCCCAGAAGGAGGAUUUUGUAUUCCUGCAUGGUCCUGGGAGCUUUAUUGAAGGUGCCGACAUGAAGAGUGUCCACCAUGGAUUGUUAGACCUGUCUUCAGUUCAAGGUCACACCACUCACGUACUCAGAGCUGUGGAUGCCCCUUCUCGGAUCUUGAGGGAUACCGGCGUUCACUGGGUUGAAGAAGAGACGCUGGUGUUCAGUCGGUUUAAACCUGACAAUAUAAUGCACGUCAUCCAUGACGACAUCCUGCCUCUUCAUUACACGUUGCAGCUAGUGUCGCUUGGAAAAAAUAGCUCCAGUCACCAGGUACAGCUUGUGGUUCUUGACGGGUGGGAGAUGGGGGAGUUUGAAUCUAUUUAUUCACUAUUCACACCGUACGAGAUUCUAACAAAAGACAAAAUCAAUAUUCUGGGAGGAAUGGUCUGCUUCAGGAACGGCCACAUCGGAAUCUCAAAAGGACCACUUGGUACCAGUAUGGCUUUGAUAAACCACAAGGUCCACUGGAAGGUUUGGAAGUAUCUAGUCAGCAUGUGCAUACUGCUGUCAAGUAUCUGUUGACUGAAUCUUCAGAACUGUGCCAAAUUUGCGGUUCUGGAGAAUACGUUGUACUAUUGUCCAGACGAUUAAACAGGCUGAUAUUAAACGAAGUAGAUUUAACGUUAGCUAUUGCUCGA